AUGAGGCUGACAGCCGCAGCUUUGACAGGCUGUGUCGCCGCAGGGCUUGCGUGUCUCUUCCAUCCUGCAAGUGCGAACCAAGUGCCUUUCUCACCCCAAUCCUCCUCCCCUCAUCAGAAUGCGACCGCAUUGUACCACGGUACUGAUUCAUGGCGAUCCAAGAAAUGGACCCUACCACUGGCCAGCAACAACUCAGCCAUCGUCUUUGACAAAUACAGUCUAGCUCUCGCUGGUGGUCAACAACGACUCUUCAUCCUUGCAGCCGAGUUCCAUCCUUGGCGUCUUCCCGUGCCCAGCCUAUGGAGGGAUGUGAUUCAGAAGAUCAAAGCCGCUGGCUUUAACACCGCCUCGAUCUACACACAUUGGGGUCUUAUUCAGCCCACCCCCGAUCCUGCUUCGAUCGAUCUCACCGGCGUCAACGACCUGGACUUCUUCCUUACGAUGGCGAAAGAAGAAGGUCUCUUCGUCAUCGUUCGACCAGGCCCAUACAUCAAUGCAGAGACCACCGUGGGCGGUAUGGCCCCUUGGACAGUCAACAUCGAUGCUGUACUCCGAACCAACGACACAGCUUGGCAAAACGCAUGGAAGCCUUACAUCAAUGCCAUCUCUAAAGUCGUAGUCAAGCAUCAGCUCGUCCACAACAGCUCUCAAUCAGACCGCAUUACAGGAGGAAGCGUAAUCCUCGUACAAGCAGAUAACGAAUACAAAACAGGCGCCGCAGAACGAGCCUACAUGCGCGAACUCGUCUCCAUCCUUAAACUUCACGGCAUAUCAGUCCCAAUCACGUAUAACGAUCCUAGUCGAGACUCCAACUUUGUCGAUCUAGUCGAUCUUUACGGUCUCGACUCCUACCCUCAACGCUUUGACUGUUCGCACCCAUCCACAUGGGUCCCAUUCCGCGAUGACUACCUGAAGUAUCAUGAGGAGACGAACCCCGAUCAGCCGUUCUACAUCCCAGAGUUCCAGGGUGGAAGUUACGACCCUUAUGGAGGACCUGGGUAUGAAGCGUGUGGGAGGAUGACAAAUGCAAGUUUCACUCGGGUGGCGAAUACUGCGUUGUGGUCUCAGAGAGUGACACUGUUGUCGUUGUAUAUGGUGUAUGGCGGUACGAAUUGGGGUGGACUUGCCGAACCUGAUGUCUAUACUUCUUAUGAUUAUGGGGCGGCGAUUGACGAGCACAGACAAACGACUGGGAAGUAUACGGAGCUUAAGAGACAGGGGUAUUUCCUUUCUAGUUUCAUGGACUUGGCGAUGACGGAGCAGAUUGUCGACGAGCCUGGGUUCAACUUAUCUCAGACCUACGAUAUGGACACGAAACACAAAGUUGAAGCCAACCUCUUCCGCACAACAGUGCUCGAAAACCCGCAGACAAAGAGCAAGUUCUACUUCAUCCGAUACGACAACACCACCGAGUCUCGAAGCACCCACUUUGCCCUCACGAUCGAAUCUCUGGGCGAAAGCAUCACCGUGGGGGAAAGGCGGAGUGAUAGCGACGAAGAGCUGUUCGGGACCAACUUUCUCAAAGGUCGAGACAGUCACAUUGUUCCAGUGGAUCAAGAGUUGCCGGGUGGGUUGUUGUUAAGGUUCAGCACUGUGAAUGUGUAUAGGGUUGCGACGAUGGCGAACGUUGUGGUGAUUUCGUUUGACUACGAGGUGGGACAGAUGAUCGAAUAUUCGCUCACGAUGCAGGAUGGGGAGAAUCGUUUUGUGGGUAUGCAGGUGUUCACCACCAGUACCACCAGAGCUGAGGUGCAACAGGUAGAUGGGGAGGAAUGGGAGCUGUUGAAGAGCAUGCAUUCGGAUCUCGAUACUGAUCCUUACAACGUCAGAGCUAGAGUUCCUUAUCGUACCGCAAGCAAUGUGUUUAGUCGCCAAGUGGUGUACAAAACAUCAGGAGGCACUUAUAUCGUUAUUCACAUCACAUCGACUUCUUUCACGCAGCGCGACUUUGCUGCUCCCGCACGCUACUCCGAUUCCUCACCCUCCGUAUCCCUGUUACGACCCCACAAAGCUAACCUGGCAAACCGCUUCUUCAACUACUCAGAAGACAGCGUAAUCCUCAUCAAAGUCGACCUUCUCCGUAACGCCACCUACUCAACCACCGCUCGUCCACUCGAUACCCUCCAUCUUUGGGGCUCGCUCUCUCAGGACUCCACCGCGGUAAUGAUGGCCCUCCGCAGCCUCAAAUACGUGUAUUGGAACGGAAAGAGAGUCGAAGCGAAACCACAAACCCCGAAUGAAUGGUUCUAUGUUCUUUCCCUCCCCGGGCCCUCUCAGGCAGCUUUGGAAUGGAAACCUCCUCAUUUGAGUAAGCUCGACUGGAAAUGGGCAGACUCAAUCCCCGAAGGCAAACCCGAUCACGACGAUUCUACUUGGGUAAAAGCGAACAAAACUCACUCUCCUAACCCUUACACCCGGGAUUCUAGCUUAGAUACGCAAGGGAAGAUUCUUUUUGCUUCAGAAUAUGGGUUUCACUCCAACUACAUCAUCUGGCGCGGACACUUCUCUACUCCCUCCGAGUUAGAAGGUAUCAAAGAUUUGUUUGUUAAGGUGGAAGGCGGGAGGUCGUCCGCGUUUAGUGUUUGGCUUAACGGUGUUUAUCUAGGAAGUGCCGAGGCGGGAAGGGAGACGUCUGUUGCUGGUAGAAGAUUUACUAUUCCAUCGAGGGUCUUGACCGAGGGUGAGGAGGCGAACGUGGUGCUAGUGUUGCAGGAUCAUAUGGGUAUAGAGAUGGAAGCUGGCGAACUACCCAUUGGGUUCCACGGAGAAGAUCGGGCACUGGAAGCGGUGAAACUCCCACGCGGAAUCGUGGCCUUCUCUUUCCCCUCUCUCCGCUCUAACUCUCUUGCUGAACCACAGGUAGAAUGGAAGGUUCAAGGAAACUUCAAAGGCGAAAACGCGCCGGAUAGGGUUAGGAGAAGUCUGAAUGAAGGGGGAUUGCAUGCGGAAGUCCAAGGUUGGCAUCUUCCAGGUUUCGAUACCUCCUCUUGGACCUCGCUCCCCUUUCCUCUACACUCCAGCAAAAGAGGAAGAGGAAGAAGGAAAGUGGUGUUCUACCGAACAACCUUCACUCUGAAUGCCCCCGGUGAAACGGAUAUCGGACUCAACUUCAUCUUCAAACAGCGCAAAGGGAGGAAGUUCCGCGCACAGCUGUAUAUAAACGGCUGGCAGAUGGGCAAGUAUGUGAACAACCUAGGACCGCAGAUUAAGUUCCCGGUUCAUAGUGGUGUGGUGGAUUUGAGGGGGAAGAACGAGGUCGGGGUUAGUGUGUGGGAUCUGCAGGAUGAGGGGGAGGAGGAGGAGGAGGGCUGGGAGUGGGAUCCGAGAAGAGAUUUGGAGCUGGAGGUUAAUCAUGUGAUGUCUGGUGAGUCGAGGGAUGGGUUUGUGUUGGAUGCUCCUGGAUGGAAGGAGCUUCGAGGCUGA